CCAGGGAGCAGCCCGGGCAGCACACACAUGAUGUCCACUUCCGCCUGAGCAGCAACAGCAGCUAAGUCUAGUCUUGGUGUCUUGACCGAUGUGGUGAGGGGGGGAUGAGGCAGCUCAUGUGAUGCGAUGAUUGGGAUGACAACUCGACACGCAGUCUUGCAGGCUGGCUUUGUGGAUGAUGAGUGGUCCCUCUCUCUUUUCAGCUCGCUGCUGCACUGAAGCUUGUGCCCUCCCUAGUUGGUUGAUGAUGCGGAUGCUGUUGAUGUCGUCAGAUAGCAACUCAGAUAGAUAGACCUUCCUUCUCUUCCUUCUCUUGUCGAUGGGUGAGUUGCUUGCUCCGCUUUCUUGAAUGCCAUUUUGGGGCUUUCCUCUGCUGAGCUCACUCGGCCAUAGACAAGUGGCAUCCAUCUCAGUGUGGGCUGGGCACGGUGCAGGCAGCCAGGCAGAAGUGGCGUGACAGACCUGCACCACUCGCCCUCCAGAGUAGCACCAGGCAAUCCAUCAGCGUAGCAUCCCAGCAAAUGAGGACGAUCCAGGCAGGAUAGGACGAUGUGCGUGUGUCGGUCGGUGUGCGCCGAUGGAUGAGUGCCCAGCCAGCCACAGCCGGAGACACACACAGAAAACCGCACACACACCAGACAGAGACAGCAGGCAGGCACAGGUAGAGAGCAUAAUACAGAGAAAUGAUACAGCCAGCCAGUCGGAGACUAGGCAGAGAGGAAGGCAGUCAGUGCUUGUCUAGCUGCCUGCGCCUUCCUGUCUCUCUAAUUCAUUCAUCCGCUUGCUGCCUGCCUCAGAAAAAAGGCUAUCGAGGCAGACUGCCACCCGCCCAGCCACACAGCCCCGCCCGCGGCCCUCCCUCCCUCCCCUCCCACUACGUGCAUUACCAUCUGCAGCUGGCCUGGCCGUCGACUGAUGUGUCUUGGUCGGUCGGUCGGUCGGUCCGUCAUUCGCCGCAGAAGUUGAUGCGGAAGAAGGGGUGGGUGAGCAGCUGUUUGGGGCCGGCCCGCAUGGCUGGGUCGAUCUGCAGCAGCAGCCGCACAAAGUCCGCAAACGCACGGUGCCGCGGGGACACCAGACUCUGACAUGUCACACACACACAGACACAGAGCCGGCAGAAACACAUGACAGCGCGUCGCGUACGGCUGGGUGGGCGGGGUGGCGUGCGUCUCGUAUGUGUCGGCUGUGUACCUACCUCUAAUGGCUUUGUGCGCUGCACGGCUCGCAGUGAGGAACUGCCCCCGGCACCGCUGGGCCUGAUUGAUGCACACAACACAAGGCAACGACAACGUGCGUGGCGUGUCCCUGUUUGCUGACUGAAAAGUGUGGUCAAUGAUUAUUUCACACACCAGUUGAGUCGUCUGGUUCGUGGAUUGACCAGCUCUUUGGUGGCCACGUCGUUGUUGAUGAGGACGCGGUCCAGCAUGGCCUGCGGAAUCGGAUGCAACGCAGCCUCCUGCAUAGGUAGACCACACACAAAGAGGAACGCAUAGCCGUGUGUGCGUGUGUGUCGGGUGGAUGGAUGCCUUGUGGGUGUGCAGUGCAGUGCGUGUGUAAUGAAUGUAGGUACCAUCAUUGCCAGGUGCUCGAGGCUGUCAUGGGUGCUGAAUAACAUUUCGCCCGUAUACUGCACAGACAGACAGACAGACAGAUUCACACAUGGCCAGAUUCACUCACUGUUGCGUGUGCCAUGCCAUCUCUCCCUCCCUCCCUCCCCCCUCCCUCCCUCCGCUGUUUGGCUGACCAUUUCCAUGAGUAUGCAUCCGAGGCACCAGAGGUCGCUGCUGUAGGUCCACGAGACGCCCAAGACCACCUCUGGGGCGCGAUACUGCUUGGUGUUGAUGACGCUACAGUGAUGGUCGUGCUCGAACGUCGCACCACCGAAAUCUAUGACUGCAACAUUCCAUUCAAAGCGCAUGGCGAAUGAGUGUGGUGUGGGGUAGUGGUUGGCUCUCUCUCUGUUUUGUGUUCCUUUGUACUUUUGAUGUCAGAUCUGGCGGGGCGGCAGAAGUGGUCGCACAGAGAGACGCCAGAUAUCUGCAGCGGGGAGAGCGACACAGACAGACAGACGGAUGACGAAUGUUCGUGCCGGCUGUUUCUUGUGUGUGUGUGUGUGUGUGUGUGUGUGUGAGCAUACCCGUGAUGGCGGCACUGUGGACACCGUGUGCGGGUCGACGAACAACACAUUCUCCGGCUGAACACACACACACACACACACACAAGAAGCCACCCACCCAAGCAUGUGGCACGACACCAUCACGUUCCGCCCCGCCAUGCCGGUGGUCCAGCUCACCUUGAGGUCGGUGUGUGUGAGCUGAAUGCUCUGGAGGAAGUCCAGUGCCUCCAGCGCCUGCCUCGCCACGGCCUGGGUGUCCUCGAGGUAGAAGCCCUUGAAAGUAUUGCGCUUCAGCAGGUCGUACAGACUCGACCCCAGCUUCUCGAACACCAGGCAGAUGUGCUGCCCCUCAUCGCCAACACCACCACACACAUCGCCCCCCGGCAUGUCGUAUGGCGACACAGAAUGGGUGUGGGCGCGCACGUCGUUGCAGCGCUUGCAGAAGUAGAAGGUGUCGACAAGCCUCACGCAGUGGGAGAGGUCGACAGGCCCGCCGCCGCCGAGCUCGGCCUCUCUGCUUGUGACUUCUCGCAGGAUGUCGGCCUCUAUCUUGGCGGCAUCGGUGUACCUCUUGACGUCACGAACCACCUGAAUGGACGGACGACACAGAAGGGGCGCUCGAGCGUUGCUGCCUGUGUUGGCGCAUGUGAGUGUGCGUACCUUGAUUGCUACUCGCUGUCCGGUCCGCAGGUCUAUGGCGGCCACAACGCGUCCAAACGUACCGUCGCCCAACAAACUCUCCUGCAGUGCAUGCAGCAGACAGCACAUGGGCAAGCAAUAGGUCCAUCCAUCCAUCCCUCCUUUCAUCCAUCCCUCCAUCAUGUGUGUGUGUGUCCCCUCCGCUGACUUACCACUCUAUAUCUGUGCCCCAUGAUCAUGCCGGCAGUCCACUCGAAAUGCACUAUCUCGUCGUCAUCUUCAUCCUUGUGCUUGGCCUUGCCCUUACCCACACCCUUGGCCCCCACAUGCACCGCAGGCGCAUGGUGCACUCCCACAGCUGGUGGCUGGGGCUGGGGCGGUUGCUGCACACCCACUGGCAUGGCCCCCACACCGCCUCCGACAUACACGGCCUGGUAGCCCGGCUGUGCCCCCGCGCCGCUCGUCAUGCCCGGGUGAUACCUGGGGGAGUUGUUGACCUCCAUGCCUGAUCCACAGAGGGGAGGGGGAGGGGCGACGGCCCGUGAGUGGGGUGGGGCGGGGGGCAUGUAGUUGCGAUUGUCGUAAGUCAUGAGCGGCGAGCUGGAGUACCCUGCCGAUGCCGCGCCGCUCUCCUGUCUCUCCCAUGGCGCACAAGAGGGCACAUGGGAGCCCAAUGGUGGCACCUGGCCUGCCCCUGGCGGCCCCUGCCACUUGCGAGGGUCGCUACUGGAACGACCAGACGAGCUCUCGCCAGAUGACGAACUGGACGACGAGCUCACCGACGACACGGCCCGCUGUGGCUGCCCCUCCGACUGCAGACUCUGCCCUCCAACAUACAAGUGGUUGCCCAUUGGCAUGGCCCUCAUGUGCCGAUCCCGCGGCAGCGAACGAGACCGGGACGACGAGCACACAGCGAUGCUUCGCGGCCGGUGGCCGUUGGCUGCGGUGGGGAGAAGCGGGGGCGUGUCGGAGGGGCGGAAGGGGGCGUGGGGUGGGGGGGCGUAGGGGUCGGCUCGAGGCUGUGGAUGCGCAAACGGAGGGGCGUGGCGGAGGGCCGACGCCUGGUAUGGUGGGGGCUGUGGCCGGCCGGCAUAUCGCAGGUCGACGGGGUGCUCCACGGUGGCGUUGUGAGUGCCGAUGUCCACACGCCGCAUCUUCGCGCGCAGGCCGGGCGACGAGCGGUGCGCACCAUAGUGAGGAUGGUGGUGGGCCAUGUCUCCACCAGAAGCCGCUUGCGCUCCACUGGGCGAGACAAAGCUCCCAUGGCCGCCGUCGUGACUGUGACCCAUGUAGGGAUCCACCGGACCACCAUAGCCUCCCUUGCCCGCAAACUGGGGCGACGUGCUCGUGAAAUGACCAUGCUUGGCAAACCGCCGCUGCUGACCACCCCGGUAAGCCGAGUGGUGCGCCUCCUCGAUAGCAUAUGGCGGGUCAGACAUGCCCCCACCGUUGCCGACCACCCGCCAUCCGUCGGCCGUCUGCAUGGGCUGGUCCGAGUGCUGCGUCAUGCUGCGAUGCACCUGCAUCCGGUCCGAGUAGUAGCUGUCGCUGCUGGGGGGGUAUGCAGACGACGAGUCAGCGCUGAGAGGCCCCUCAGCCGUGGACAUGUGGUUGAGCUUCCGCUUGCCCGACGGCGUGGGUAGGGAUGGUGCGGAGGGAGCAGCGGCCACGUCGGCCAUCUCUGUGACGCUGGCGGUGGUGCUGUUGGUGAACCAGGACAUCUGAUGGUGCGGUUGGGGCUGCUGGAACGCGCUGUGAUGGGCAGGAAGGGGCUGGUUAGCGUCAUCAGCAUACCCGUGAGUGCUCGGGAAGGUAGAGACACUGCAGGGGAAGCCAACCAAGCCAGCCAUAGCCAAGAUGGUGUCAGAAAUAACGGACGCACCGUCACCGUCGUCUAAGGUCGACUUACGUGGUGUUAUGUGGGUUCCACGGGUCGAAUGGCUGUCCCCAUUGGGGAUGGGAGGUCAUCCUGAACACCGAACAACGCCAUCAAAGUCAUCCGGCGAAAUCCAAGUGAGCUCGCUCCGCUCCCCAGUGUUCCCCCUCCCUCGUCCCCGUCUUACCGAACGUAGGCAGUCGCCAUCGCCCACCGCUACAGGCAAACGAACGACGCCUUCAUCGCCACCGAGAGGGUCAGCUCCUCGUCGCCUCGCCGCAUCAAAUCCCAGCUUGUCGACAAAGCUGUCACGGGUGGGAAGCCAAGCUUUCUUCAGCCUCUUUUGUCAUCGGAGUCUCAAACACGCUCGUUUUCUGACGGCUGGCUGCGUUUUUU